AUGGGUGGUCCACUGUCUGAGGAGGAGCUGUCAUUGUAUGAUCCUGCCCUUCUGCUGAGCCUCGACUUUUUUCGUUCACCGGCCAAUUUUAAUCCUCGCAUUUCUGCUGCCGUACCUGGUGAGAGUUGGCUAAAAGUAAGACCUCUCCAGUCGGGCGACUUUCACCGUGGGUUCUUACAAAUUUUAUCUCAGCUAACGAAAGUUGGUGAUGUUUCGCUGACACAAUUCCUCAAUCGUUUUGCUGAAAUGCGUGCAAGUGGUGACUACUAUGUGACUGUGAUUGUCGAUACGCGGUACGAUAAAAUCAUUGGCAGUGCUACUUUGGUAUUGGAACGCAAGUUUAUUCAUGGUUGUGCUACCAGAGGUAGACUCGAAGAUGUGGUAGUCGACGAUACAUAUCGUGGCAAGCAGCUCGGCAAAUUAAUUGUUGUUGCCGUAAAUCUGCUGGCGGAGCAUUUGGGUUGUUAUAAAAUGUCUCUGGAUUGCAAGGAUAAGCUGAUUCCUUUCUACAAAUCGAUUGGCUAUACCCUUGAACCGGGUAAUGCUAAUACGAUGAACAUUCGAUACGAGGCGGCAAAUGAUAGAAAUAUUAAGCGUAACGUUACAGGCAGCAAACCGGAAAACACAGAGCCUUUAUGA